AUGGAAGCCCAUAGCAAGCGGACACAGCAGGACCUGAAGAAAAGGAGGGCCAGAUCUGCUCCAGCACAGGUAGACACGCAGGAUUUUGACGCUGGCAAUGUGAUGAAGAACACGGCCGUGGCCCUUGCGCUGCAGGACGAGUUAUCCAAAGUACUAUCCAUGGAGUGCUCUGAAGGUCCGCUGAACCUCUUCUGGCGGCAGGGGCGUGAUGAAGGAGAAUCAGCAGAGCUCAUGCGACUGCGUUUCAAUGUCGGUGCGUUGAUGCUCCUUGCCGCGCAGCGUUCGUCGUUGCCAUCUGGCCUGGAGUUGCCGCUGAAGCACUUUGCCGCGACCGAAACAAUUGGCGUCAAGGAGGAGCUGGAGCAGAGCCAUGAGCAUCCUAUUGGCAACGUGGACAAACAAAGUACGGAUGUUGCGGAACCAGUGGAGAACAGACAGCCGCUGUUCACCACAACCAUCGCGGAUGGGGCUUUUGCCAUGGGCUUCUCGGUCAUCUUCCAUAGCAUGCCCAGCUCUCACUUUGCGC